AUGAGAGCCGUGGCCAUCGGCGGAGCUUCGGCUCCCGCUCUCCCCGCUGCGCUCCCCGCUGCUCUCCCCGCUGCGCUCCCGCCGGGACGCCGGACAGCGGCGGUCGCUCAAAGCUCGCGACGGCUCGCCGCGGCGAGCCGCGGAGCAGCGAGCCGCCAUCAAAACAGCGCUCGAACGAGUUUCUGGGGUCAUCUGGCGGUGCUUUUCGGGGCUCUCUGGCGGUCCCGCGGAGCGAAGGCUACGUCGGAUUUGCGGGCCCCAAGGCUAAGGCGGAAACACUUCCCAUGGCCAUGGCCAAUUGGAUCCUUCCAUGGUGACCUGCGGCGCCGCGGUGCAGCCGUGGCCCGGAUUCCCGAAGCGCUGGUCGCCGGUCUCGAGGAUCUUGCGAGCCAGACGCUCGCUGCAGAAGCCGCGAACGAAGGAGAAGGCGAGCUCAAAACCCCUCCCUUCCUCCGCGCCGGCGGUUCCCUGAAUCGCGCUUUUCCGGACACGAUGUCCUGGCACUGGGCUCAAAAUGACCAGGGCUUGGAGGCCUUUGCUUCGGCGGCAAGAAUCGUCUUGAAGCAGCUGGGAGACGAGUGGGCUUUGGUAGCAGCCUCCUUCGUCGUCGCCGAGGGCGGCUGCGCAGACACCGCGACGAAGUUCCACGUCGACUUCGGGCCUGUGGCGAUCCCGCGCGGCGCCGCCUGCACGGCUCUGCUGCCACUUCACCCAAAGCACUUCCCGGAAGACCAGGGAAACUUGGAGAUCAUGCCGUGGGAUGCUCCGCCGGGAAAGAGCUGCGUUCACCGCUACUCUCGUGGGAAUGCCAUCGUCUUCGAUGGCAAGCUGCCGCACCGCACGCAACCCUUCGCCGCAGAGACGUUCGCCCAGAGGGAUCGCGAUGCAGCUGCAUCGGCUGCAUCCCUGCGUGGACGACGCAUCCUAGCUUCCAUGAGCUUCGCACGCGUUUUAGGCCAAGCUCCCUGGAAUAGCGCCGUGAAGCAGGUGAUCUCAGGCUACGGUGCGCCGGUGCUGCGACCUGUGAGAAAAGUCUGCAGAGUGGUUGCCGACCCGAAGAACCGAGUCUGCGAUGCCCCGGGCAGUUGGUACUGCGUUGGUCAGUAUCCCCCCGCCCUGGAGAAGCUGAUCGCGAAGCGCAGGAACUUCGCACAGAUCGAGGACUUCAAUCGGAAAGGUGGGAAGAGUGUCUGCCUACACCAAGCUCAUCGAAAAGGAGCUGCAUGGAGCCUCCGCCUCGCACGAGGAUCUCUGACGGCGCUGCGGAUCUGGAGGAGCGACCUCCACAUCCGACAGAGGCACCGGCGGCACCGGCUAGCCCGGCUAGCCCGGCUAGCGUGCUGCUAUCGUACUGCCGAGCGGCUGAGGGCCGAGGGCCAUCCGUUCCCCAAAAACUCGCAGCAGAGCAGCGCUCGAAGCGGCAAAGAAAAGGAGGCCUCACGCUUCGCAGCCGCUUCGCAGCCGCUUCGCAUGCUCUGCAUCUCUCAGCUGCCUCGGACUCCGCGAGAAGGCUCUCGUCCUGUGCCCACCUAA